UGUCCCGGUCUGGACGGGGCGAGGUGAUGUCAUUGCAAACUUCACUCCGUCCCAUUCAGACGCGCCGCUUUUUUCUACGCUUGCUGUGAAAACUGAGCAGAAGCAGCGGCUGCUGCAUUACAAUCAGACCGAGUUGCCGAGCAGUUUAUUAUUUUUUUAUACAUACAAAUCACCCGAAAUUUAACAAUCCGUACAAGGACAAAGGCUAAUCUUCUGGAAGCCCUUCGUGGCGAGGGCGAGUGGGGAAAAACUUGGAAAGUUGGAAAAAUGAACCGGAGUUUUAAUAAGUCUCAGUCAUUGCGGUUUCUUGACUGCACUGCCGUGGAAGUUAAAAGCAAGUUUGGAGCUGAAUUUCGAAGAUUCUCUUUAGAUCGACUUAAGCCUGGCAAAUUUGAGGAGUUCUACAAACUCAUUCUUCACAUUCACAGGAUAUCCAACAUGGAUGUGAAACUUGGCUAUGCUGAUGUACACGGCGAUCUACUACCCAUCAACAAUGAUGACAAUUUCUGCAAAGCUGUCUCCAUGGCAAACCCACUUCUCCGUGUAUUUAUUCAGAGACAAGAUGAAGUUGACUACAGCAGUUAUGGGACCAACACUUUAAUGAGAAGAAAGAAAGCGGUGGUAACUCUUCGAAAUGAUGUCAAUCGCAAAAGGCCACAUAUCAGCAUCAGCAUGCCACAAGAUUUUCGACCAGUGUCUUCAAUCAUUGAUGUUGACAUUUUGCCAGAAACACACCGUCGAGUGCGUCUUUACAGACAUGGUUCUGACAAGCCCCUGGGUUUCUAUAUUCGGGACGGUACCAGUGUGAGGGUCACACCACAUGGUCUAGAAAAGGUACCGGGCAUUUUUAUUUCCCGUAUGGUACCAGGAGGCCUAGCAGAAAGCACUGGCUUGUUAGCAGUAAAUGAUGAGGUUUUGGAAGUAAAUGGCAUUGAGGUGACGGGCAAAACCCUGGACCAGGUCACUGACAUGAUGAUAGCCAACAGUCAUAACCUAAUCAUCACCGUCAAACCUGUCAACCAGCGCAACAACAUAAUCCGCAGCAGCCGUAUAUCUGGAAGCUCAGGUCAGUCUACUGAUAGCGGAAGUUCUACUAGUCACCACAGCCUGCCAGCUCCUUCAUCUCUCCAGCAGCAUCUGCUCCAAAACUUCCACCCUGAUGACCUGGAAAGCGAUGAGGAAACGGAUAUUGUCAUUGAGAGCAGCCUAAGACAACCACCACCUCCACUACACCAGAUUACCCAGCGCCCCUCCAGUAGGCCUCAGUUUUCUGUGCCGCCUAGUCCCCCACGGCCCCCAUCUUCUGCUUCCACUGUUUUUACUUCGACUUUAAAGACCCACCCCAGCAAUGGUAGCAAUAACAAUAAUUUAAGUUUCAGGUUACACAGAGACCUGUCCCUUCAGCACCAGAGUACCAGUGGGUCUGUCAGUAGGAGCAGCAAUGGCAGCAUCCAUAAACUCUUAAGCACGUUGAAGUCUGAUCCAAGGCACAGCUUGGCCCUGCCGCGCGGAGGCAUAGAAGAGGAUGGGACUGUGAUCACACUUUAAUAUUUUCUUUGUUAGGUAGAAAGAAGAGAACAUUCCAAACCGGGCUUCAUGUUAUAAUGAGCUGGUAGCCUGAUUGGAACUUGUUUAUUUUUAUAUUUUCCUAUGGAGAUGCCGACCAGGUAUGAUUUUUGUAUGUGUAUGUGUUUUAUAAUUGUUUUUUUUUUUUUUUUUUUGCUAUUUCCAGUGAUAAUAUUGCUGCUAUAAAAUGGUUAACUUUCCCCAGACAAAAAAAAUUGAUUUUAAACUUGACAUUUCACAAUGUGCAAAAUUUUCAACCCAUGCAGGACCAAACUGAAACACUAACUGGCAUCCUUUUCAUUUUUUUUUUUUUUUUUUUUUAAUAUCCACAUUACACUGUAGAAUUAAAAUCUUUCCCUUUCCUCACGUGGCCUUACACAUCUUCAUUUGGGUAAUCAAUGUUUACAUUCUUCUUGAAAGGAAACUGAACCUGAAUAAUCUGGAAUAAGGUUCUGGUGUGCUUUGCCUAUCUUCUUUUUUUAUGCCACCUAUCAUCUGCUGUCUUUUUGAAUGUUAAUACCUUUGUCUCUAAAAAGUGUGUUUUUGCAAAGAAACGAUCAGCAUGUUUGCUUUAUAAGCAGUACUGGUGUUUUUUGUGUCUUGAAGAAUUUGUGUCAGAUUAUAACCUGUUUUGAAUCUUCCAUGAACACAUAUGAAUUGUUCCAUGUUGGGUGUUGUCAAACUUCUUCCAAAAUUAGCACAAAUUGUAUACUAUGAUUUGAGAAAGUAUUAAACUGCACAUUCAAACCACCAACUUAAUGUGUCUUCAUGCAGGCCGCAUGUAGUUCUGCAGCUGAGGUGCAUGCUUCUGUCUAGUAACACCAGAAAAAUGUUCUCUGUAGGCUAGUGCCACCUGCUGACAAGAAAUCGUAAGUGCAUGUGGAUUCCUUGACCAGUUUUUAUGUGAUGUACUGCUCAGAAAUAUUUGUAGUUAAACAUGUAUUUUAUUUUUAGUUUAUUUAUUUUUUUUAAUUCACACAGUUUUACUGGAUUAUUAUUAGCACAGAAGUAGACAUUUAAUUAUGUACUGUAUACUUAACCUUUAUUUCUCUGGGGACAUGCCAGUUGCAGAUAAUUAUGGGCAAUAAUAAAUAUUCAACUUUCAGAACAACUUCACUUCAUGAGAUGAAAAAAAUCAUUGGUACGAUGGACAUGAAUUUUAACAAUAUUUUGUUUUAUUGACUCUUAAAAGAGGUUUUAUGAAGAUGGUUUUUAUUUUAGUUUAUAGUGGGUGGGGAAGUGGUCAUGUGUUGUAAUUAAAUGCAUUGCAAAUUAUGAUUUUUUUUUUUUUUUUUUUUUUUUUUGAAGACAUUAAUGGCAAACUAGUGUGGAGUUACAAUACUUAACACUACCUUGGCUCCAGACAUGCCCUGUUAAUAGCCUUGAAGCUUUCUUUGUGGUACUGACUCAGUCACUGUUGUAGGACAGUGAUCUUGUCUCAACAUGUGUUGUUGCAUCUGUGGAGAGCUGUGAUGAUGAUUUUACCAUCACAAUGAUGACAAAGCAACUGUGUGGGUUAUUGUGGUACUUAAUGCAACAGGCAUUGGGAUUUUUUUCUUCUUCUUUAAAUCAAGGAAUGUAAAUAUUAAUAAUUUUGGAAAAUAUUUUAUCAAAUUUCACAUACAUUCCUUUUUUAGGGUCUCUGGUAUUCGGACUUCUUUCUUAUAAGAAACUGAGCUUGCAUUUGUAUUUCUGUAUUAGAAGAUUUUAUAUACCAGACUCAGUUUUGUUUGUCUCAUUUUCUAUGUAAAUCAAUUUGGCAAUAUUUUUCAUACCACUGUUUGAUGUUUUUAUUUUGUAUUUUGAAAAAU